GCCGCAGAAGCGAGAGCCCAUGUCUGGAGCGAAGAGGCUAUGUUGCUCCCGUGUUGGAGCUGGUUUGGGGUCCCAUCACCUGCAGAUGCCAGCUUCCUCUUGUAGUUCCUUCCUACUGUUGGGUGCUUGUGCUGGUGCGAGUGGUUUUGUGCGCCAUGGUGCGGCGGGCGUGGUGCGAAGCCCGGACACUUUGUUGGACAUAACGGCCAAGAUCGUAGCUGAAAACAUCCCGUUCCAACGGAUCGAGGAGCGGUAUGACCGCAUCCCCGAGCCUGUGCAGAGACGCAUUAUUUUCUGGUCGUUUCCCAGGGAUGAGCGCGACAUCUGCAUGUAUUCGUCCCUGUCGCGAGUGCCUCCUGUGAGCUCGAGCGGUGAACACCAAAACCUCUCCUUCUAUAAGGGAUUAAAACUCUUGGAGUCCGGGUGCGUGGACAGCGUGCUGCAAGUCGGGUUCCAUCUCAGCGGAGUGGUGACUGCUCCGCCGCCUUCUAGUCCCGCGUCUUCGGGGUACAGCCUAGAAGCUGACAAGAAGUACAAAGUUUCGGUCAGUUUCGACAGGUGCAAGAUCACAUCGGUGACAUGCAGCUGCGACACGAAGGACAUCUUCUGGUGCCAGCACGUGGUGGCGCUCUCGCUGUACAGAAUACGCAAUGCAGAGAGUGUUCGUCUCAGGGUGCCCAUCUCAGAGACACUUCUGCAGAUGGACCGCCAACAGCUGCAGAAGUUCAUCCAGUAUCUCAUAUCCGAACACCACACAGAAGUAUUGCCAACCGCUCAGAAACUGGCAGAUGAGAUUCUUCAGCAGCGAUCUGAAAUUAAUCAAAUACCAGGCGCUCCUGAUCCAACAGCAGGAGCAAGUGCGGACGAUGAUCACAGCUGGCACCUGGAUGAGGAGCAAGUGUGUGAGCAGGUCAAGUCUUACCUGUCCCAAGGUAGUUAUUACAAUGCCAACAAGCAGCUCAACUCCUUGUUCGCAAAGGUGAGAGAGAUGUUGCGGGCACGGGAUUCCAAUGGAGCGAGGAUGUUGACGUUAAUCACUGAACAGUUCCUGUCAGACCCAAGACUGAUCCUGUGGAAGACACAGGGUACCCCCAUGACAGACAAGUGCAGGCAACUCUGGGAUCAGCUUGGUGCAUUGUGGGUGUGCAUUGUCUUGAAUCCGCACUGCAGUGGCCAGGAUAAGCAGCACUGGAAAGCCUUGCUGGAGAAAUGGACACUCAUUGACGUGUGCCCACAGGAAGACCCUGACUUCCGGCCACAGCCACUGCCUCGACAGGAUGGAUUGCACAUGGCAUUUGACUCAUCAGAUAGCAGUUCAGAUGAGGAUGGAGGUGGAGCCUACAGGGUAAUGGAAAACAAUAGCCGGAGAUCAAGACUCAGUACACAGAGGUCUCACCAUGUCAGACCAUCUGCUUCAGCCAUUCCUAGAACGGUGUUUCAUAGAGCCCUGGAUGCGGUGUGCAUGUCAUGGGACAACCUUCACCUGAAGCACAUCUUGUCCAGUGACACAUACUGCAGCCAUGUUCAUGAUAACUCGCUCAGCACUGUUGGCAGUUUCAAUAGCCAAGGGCAGCCCCUGUGGCAUGAGCCCCUGCCAACAUGUGCAGCAAGGGUGGAUGCACUGAGGUCCCAUGGGCACCAGGGGGCAGCACUGAGACUAGCAGUGGCAGUGGUGCGUACCAUGAAGCAACAGCAGCUGGUGGCACAGCGCCGUUGGCAUGAGAGCCAGCAACAACAGCAACAUCGUAGUGCUGCCAGUAGCAGUUCUGCUAACCUUGCCACUCCCUGCACAUCCAGGUGCACUGGCGGACAGACAAGUUUAACGGCAACAUCGAUGGUUCCUCAUGCCUGUACUGGUUGGGGUGAUGGAUGGGUAGGACAUCCCCUGGAUCCUGUUGGAUGUCUUUUUGACACUUUAGCAGAUGCAUCACUUAGUCCAGAUGAUCAAACAUCACGUGCUCCUUCCUAUUUUGACCCAGUGGGUGUGGAGGACACAAGCAUCACUGCCCCUCCUCGGUAUCAUCAUGUGCCAGUAAUUGGCUCACGUGACCGCUCAGAAACAUACCUAACGUUGGCUGUUGAGGUGGCUCUGAUUGGACUGGGCCAGCAGCGAAUCAUGCCUGCAGGUCUAUAUGCACAGGAAAAGUCGUGUAAACAGGAGGACCGCCUGAUAGCAAAACUGCAGGAGAUUGAGAUGGACAACAGUCUGGUUGCUGUACUGAGGCGCCAAGCCAUUGUGCUGUUGGAGGGGGGCCCCUCCAGUGGCUUGGGACUGGGAAUUCAUCCUGAGAGCAUUCCAAUGCACACAUUUGCCAGGUUCCUGUUCCUUUCACUGCUCAACUACUACCCUGACUUGGCAUAUGAGGUUGGACUGCGGGCCAUGCGAUUACCUAUUCUAGAAGAGCAUGAAGAUGCUGAUGAUCCAGUCAACGGGAAUGUUUCCUCAUUAGUUCUAAGUCGAUAUCCGCGCUGGUUCACAUUGGGUCACAUCGAGACACAGCAGUGCAACCUUGCAUCUACCAUGCUCAGUGCUGCCAAGGGGGAGGUGCUGAGGUUGCGGACAGUUUUGGAGUCAGCACAGCGACAUAUCCACAGUUCCUCACACCUCUUCAAACUGGCUCAGGAUGCUUUUCGAUUUGCCACACCAGAGAAUGGCCCCCGGCACCCAACCCUACUUAGCGUGGCCUUUGAGUUGGGCCUGCAGGUGAUGCGCAUGACAUUGUCAUCACUGAACUGGCGCCGACGAGAAAUGGUUCGCUGGCUGGUGACCUGUGCCACCGAGGUUGGAGUGGAGGCUCUAGUGUCCAUCAUGCAGAACUGGUAUCAACUGUUUACACCAACUGAGGCUACAGGUCCAGUGGCUACUACAAUCAUGUCUCACAGCACUAUCAUGAGGCUGAACCUGACAUUUGCUCAACAGGAAGAACUGUCUGGCUGUGCCAGGAACUUGGCUCUUCAGUGUGCCACCAAAGAUCCCCCAAACUGUGCCUUGAAUGCUCUGACCCUGUGUGAGAAUGAAGCACUGGCCUUUGAGACAGCAUAUCAAAUCGUCAUUGAUGCUGCAUCACAUAUCAUGACUUCCUCCCAGCUCUUCACUAUUGCACGAUACAUGGAGCACAGGGGAUACCCCACAAGGGCAUACAAGCUAGCAAUGCUUGCCAUGAAGAAUGUGCAUUUGGCAUACAAUCAGGACACUCAUCCUGCAAUCAAUGACAUCCACUGGGCUUGUGCCUUGAGCCACUCCUUGGGGAAAUCAGAGCUCACUAAUAUGAUCCCACUAUUGGUGAAGAAUGUGCAGUGUGCGACUGUUCUGUCUGACAUCUUAAGACGCUGUUCCAUGACUGCCCCAGGCAUCUCAUGCCCACACCCUCCUGGGGGUAGUGGUGCAGCAGAUGGAGGGAAACACCACCAUCAUCACCAUCAUCAUCGCAACAGCAGCCGUGGUGGGUGUGGGGGAGGAGUAAAGCCCCUGUCUUAUGAUCGUCCACCCUUGAGGCAACUCUUGGAGGCUGCAGUAGCAGCAUAUGUUAACACUACUCAUUCUCGUCUCACCCACAUCUCCCCUCGACAUUAUGGUGACUUCAUAGACUUCCUUGGUAAAGCACGCGACACAUUUGUCCUUGCCCAUGAUGGGCAUGCACAGUUCACACAACUUGUGGAGAACAUGAAGGUAGCAUACAAAGGGAAGAAGAAACUUAUGUUUCUAGUUAAGGAGAGAUUUGGCUGAUGUUAAUGUUUGAAAGGGAGCAAGAGAUGUACAUUGUGUUGGUUCUGCCCCUGUGGUUUGCUUCCUCUAAUCUGGCUGAACAGCAAGUAGACUAAGAUAUUAUCACAGAGAUUAAUUAUACAGAAUGACUUUGAGACUUUAUCUCUGAUACUACUAGACAAAUAACUGCAGGCUUCUAACACCACCACUGAACCUACCAUUAUUAAGUUAAACUUGUGCAAUGCCAUGCUGUCUAGAUUAUGUUUAAAAAAAUGUAUUUUGUGCAUUAUGUAUAAAUUGAAUUUUAAUGUAUGUGGAGACAGGUUUGUAACAAUUCUAAGAUCUCAUGUCCUCGUAAUGGAACUGUAAUAUUGUCAGAUUAAUUAGUUUCGGACUUCCGCGAGACAAACACACUGUAAUGAACUAUGAGAACAGUGAUCGUUUUGUACAUAAUAGUACCAUGUCUGUGUGUUUGUAUGUGAUACUGUGUUUUCAACCAAAGAUCGUUGUUUGUAUAAUAAGAAUGAGACAUUUUUUUAUAUGACAACACAUUUAUACCAAAACAUGCUGUGCUUACAGGGCCGGGAUGCAGUUCCGGUCAGGGACUUGCCAAUGCUUCCUAUUAUGUAUGUUGAUUCUCUAUAGCAACGAGUACAAAGUAAUAGUAUGCAGUUUGUAAUAGUGGUGUAAGCAUGUGCAGUCUAGAACAUUGUACAUUGCAAAGAUAUGAAUUCAAUUCCAUAACUACCUCCAUCGGUAAAGAAGCCUAUUAGUGUCCUAAUAUCAUGAAUGUCAUGAAGCCAACAUGAUUUGUGUUCUUGUCAGUGUGGAUUUUUCUUUAUUUUGCCAUACAUAUAUUUCAUAAUUGCCUUAAAAGAGCAUCUUUCAAUAUUUAUUUUUUAGAGAAAAUGGAGAUGGUGAAUACUACAUGCUGAAAAUGAACUUUGCCUUGUACCAAAAAUUGCUUUGUUGUAAGGCAUUGAAUAUAACAGCUAACUAAACUAGAGAUAUGAAAUUUAGCUCAACAUUGUGUGCAGCACCAUAUCAUUGUUAGGAACUGUUUUCCUCCUGAUGACUUGAUUGUAAUCACCCAGUCACAAGAUCACUUCAUCAAGCUGUUACUUAUAAUUUAAAUGCAUUUUUGGUUCUUAUGCAUAUUGCAUAUCAUUCACUAGCAUAAAACAUCAAACAUUCAUUUCAGAGGUAACAUAAUUCUUUUUUCUUUGGAAGCUAGAAUUGCCUUCAUUUUUCAUAUAAGUUUGCUUCACAGAUUCCUGACAUGAUCAAUUUUCUUAGCUAGAUGAUUAUUAUAUCAAAUAUAUUUCAUAAACUCAUUAAUAUUAUUCUUGAAUACUUUUGGAAAUAAUUUUUUAUACACAAUGUUAAAAAUGCUUGAAGCUGAUCGAUAAUAAUUAUUUCCCUGGGUUAGGUUAUGAUCCCUUUCAUCUCCUUCAAGUACCAAGGUUAAGAACAGGUGAAGCUAUACUUUCCCUUCUUCCAUACGCUUUCAUAAGCACAGUGCUUAAUUAAGUACCAGGAACAACUUUACCUUUGUCAUCACAUAGCUUGUCUUUUAUAAUAACACUCCUGUCUCUGGCCUUAGACCAUAUUAUUAGUGAUAAUAUAAGAUACAGAAUAAUAAGAUGUUAUGUAACCAUGUGUUCAUCUCUUCCUUCAUGCUUCAUCUUAACUGAUUAAUAGUACAUAUGAUCUGAUGGCAACUAAGUAUAUUGAAUUUUUCUCGGCCCACCAGUUGUGUCAGGUGUCUUAAUAUAGAAAACAUCAAUGUUCAGUACUUCAGUACCCUGAGGACAAGGACAAAGAUGGUUCUCAGAACAUCAGUGUUUAUUUCAUUAAACCACCUGACAUGGCUGGUAGCCCAAAAAGAAUUCAUUAUGAUAAAUAGUACACUCUGGAGUAUUUAGUUCUGUGAAGAAAUUAUUAAUAUGGAAUGAAGCUUGAUGAAAUUGGUCUGUAGGCUGUUUUCAAAUGAGUCGCCGAGAGGCAGGGAUGUCAAACAGGUUCUAGCUUUAAAAUUUGAUGCACAUCAAGUUUUGCCACUAAAGUUGAGUGUAGUUUCAAGUUUAUUUGGACUGAGGUCUACGUGUAUUAUCGAUUAAUCAAAAUUAUGACUUUGUUCUAGUUUGCAGUUUUGGUGAACAAUUUUCUAUCUGUACAAUGAUAUAACUGAGAAGCAAUAUAGUGUGUACAGUGUGAUCAACAGCUGAAGUACUCUACCUCAUCAGCAGCUGUGCCGUGUGAGUGGAUGCAUGAAUGUUGCCCCUCCCGCUUGUUAUUUUCAUUAAAUUGGCUUUUGUGUUACAGAGACUCAGAAUACUUUUAAUUACAGAAUCAAGAUUUAUUGGGUGUAGAAGGAUUUGAAGGCUGUUAAGAACAAGACAAAAGAAGGGAAUGGUUAUUUUCUGGUCUCUGCAGGAAUGUCUAGCAGGUUCAUUUUCUGUACAGGACAUACUGAUUGUAAUCAACAAAUUUCAUAGUUUAUCACCAAUGCUAAAUUACUCUUUAUAGUUGAUAUAACAACAUGAAAUGAAUUAAGCAUAGUGAAUGCCAGAAUUUGAUCUUCAGAGUGGAUGAUAACUGGUCUUAUGUUUCUGUUUUCCUUGAGAUUUUUUAUUGGCAGCAAUAUUUAAUUCACAUGGACAUGUUUUUUGUAUAAGUAAAGGGAAUUAAUCUGUUCAGUCAGAAUCCUAUAGAAUCUAAUCUGUUUAGGUUUGUAUUGCUAGCAAUGUGUCUGAGAAUAAUAGGAGAUUUAUUUAUUUCAAGCUAACCCUGUUUCUUAUGUUCUUACAUAGAAUUUGCUUGAUGUAUAUGUUACACUUACUGCUGAUAAUUAUGUCCAACACAUCCUGUUAUACAUGCUCCAAACUUUCUUAAUUAUCACUGCCAACUUUAUAAAAUAGUACAUAGUUUGUACUCAUUAUGUUUAUGUUCUGCCGCCAGUUGACUUAAAUUGUGCGGUACACUAGACUCUGAAAAAUGAAACAAACAAAUGGUGCAUAUUACACAGUAUUGUCUGCUGAAAUGUAAAAGAAAGAAGUGCGUUUUGGUUUCCAAUCAUACAAUAGUAAGGUAAUAUUUCUUUUUUUGUUAUUACUUGUAAGCUUCCUGUGUUUAAAAUAUUUAGCACUUGAGAUAAGAAAACCUGCCAUGUUGGGAAAUUAUCAGGAAGUUAUGCAUAUAUUCUGCAUAUCAUGUAUUUAGUAUCUUGCACAAAACAAAGCAGACAUGGUCUGUUUGUAGUUAAAUACCAAUAUUAGAAACCAAGACUUUUCCUUAUCAGUGUAAUAGCUUUAGAAAGUUUAUAUAUAUAUCCAUCCAUGAUACAUAUGGCACCAGAAUGUAUUUAUGUGGUCAUUGUUAUUCUUAAAAUGAAGAAUUGCCACAAUAAUUGAAACAUUUAUGACGGUGCUGAAAUCUGUUGGUAACACUUCAUUUGUUUAGAACCUUGUUUGGUUAUGUUAUUAAUUAGUUGUUACAGUUAUAAAAUAAUAUGUGCAUAAUGAAAUUUAUGUGGUAUGAAGAAGCUACAUGGGAUGAUGUUAGAAAUAGAUUCUGGUGCCCUAAAAUCAGCUUUCUUGAGCGGUUAUCGUUACUGUUGGAAUCAGUGAUGUAAUUGGCAACUAGAAUUUGUCAAGACAUGUUGAAGCUUUGUCAUGCUAUUUAAAUUCACCAUAUCUUGAUGACUGUUCUUACCAGUUAAUACCACACCUUAAAGUUUUAGAAUGUGAAGUGUGACGGGAUAUUAAAUUUACUGCUCAGAUGUUGGAUAGCUCCAAGGAAUAGGUCUUUUCAUAUGGAGGUAGGAAGAGGGGGUAGCUAAACCAUCUGUGGAAGAAUUGGUAAAUGCAGAUAGAAGGUAUCCUGGUUGUAGAAAUUUGAAUUGUCAUUCAUUAUCCUCCUUGAUGAAACUUGACAAAACACAAAAUAUUAUGUGGUUUUUUUUUACAUAACUGAUAUUGCUGUAUUGCCAUAUAUCCACCGAAAAUACUAAGGAUAUGUCUGUUUAUAUUGGCUGUUUCUACCAAUUCUGAAAACUGCUUAGUUUACAAUUUUUAAUUGGAAUAUACCUGAGCUCCAUUUAGUUUUACUGGCCAUGUAAUAUUCCUCUUGUUAUUGUACUUGGGGGGGGGGGGGGGA